GCCUGCCUCGUGGGUAGGGCUGCAUGUUGCACGUGAGCGGAUUCCCCCCCAUUCCUUUUCAGAGGCUAGCAACCACCACCAUCCCUGCAGUGGAGGCACAGGCGAAGGAUGUUGUGCUCUGUUACAUUUGGUGCAUUUAAAGAUUGUGUCUCCUACACACCUACUGAAGAGAGAGGGGAUUUCUACGGCCUGUGAGAGAAGAUUCAUAAUUUUCCAUCCACACAUCUGUAAGAAUUGAACACAGCCGCUCCCCAACAUGCCCUCAACUCAGCUGAAUUUUGGCACCAGCCAGAGGCUGCGUUCCCUCUGCCGUCUGCUUCUCCGGGCCGAGAAGAGAAGCUGGGAGGUGCCUGGUGGGUGGAAGGCAUACUCCCAAGCCAACAAGCCUGACCCCAAGAAGCAGGCAGGGAGAAUGUCUCAUCUGAAAAACAGGGCAGAGAAACAGAAGCGGCAGCGGGAGAGAAUGGAAUCCAUUGAAGCCCGGCUCGUGGCAGGCCAGAAGAACGAGCUUCCAAGACAAAGCAAGACCCUGACUUUGAAAAAUGCAGUUCUGUACGACAUUCCCACUGUAGCUGGAGAAAAGAAAGAUACCUCGGGACCACUGCCCGCCUCCUAUAGCCCACGCUUCAUUGAAGCUGCUUGGUAUGCUUGGUGGGUGAAGGAGGGAUUUUUUAAACCAGAAUACCAGAAUCAAUUGCCCCAUCAGAAGCCUGACGUGUUCUCCCUCCCCAUUCCACCUCCAAACAUCACAGGGUCCCUGCACUUGGGACAUGCCUUGACAGUAGCUAUUGAAGAUGCUUUGGUACGGUGGAAGAGGAUGGAAGGCUGCCAAGUGCUGUGGGUUCCGGGUUCAGAUCACGCCGGGAUUGCCACUCAGGCUGUGGUGGAGAGAAAAAUCUGGAAAGAACGGGGAGCCCUUCGCCAAGACCUGACACGAGAAGAAUUCUUGCAGGAAGUUUGGAACUGGAAAGAGGAGAAAGGGAAUGAUAUACUCCAGCAGCUGAAGGUGAUGGGAGCUUCAUUGGACUGGGAUAGAGCCUGUUUCACCAUGGAUUCUGACUUCUUCCAAGCUGUCACUGAGGCUUUUGUGCAACUGCAUGAGGAGGGGCUGAUUUAUCGGGACAGGCAGCUGGUGAACUGGUCAUGUGCCUUGCGCUCUGCCAUUUCGGACAUUGAGGUGGAGAACAGACAGCUUGAGGGACGGACGGAACUCUCUGUUCCUGGGGUGCAGGACAAGGUGCUCUUUGGAGUCUUGGUGACAUUUGCCUACAAAGUAGAAGGAGCGGAAGGCGAGGAACUUCCUGUGGCCACAACCCGCCCAGAAACCAUGUUGGGAGACGUGGCUGUUGCUGUUCAUCCAGAUGAUCUCCGAUAUGUGCACCUGCAUGGCAAGAGACUUCAGCACCCGUUCACUGGACAGCUCCUCCCCAUCAUUACUGAUUCCUCGGUGGAGCGGGACGUGGGCACAGGAGCUGUGAAGAUCACACCCGCGCACAGCCAUGUUGACUAUGAACUGGGGCGGAGGCAUGGCCUUCCUGUGGUUUCUGUCAUUGCAGAGGAUGGAACUAUGACACCUGAAUGUGGGGAAUGGCUUCAGUGGUGA